AUGGCCUUCAACCCAAGAGCGUCUUCCUUUUCAGGAUAUGUCGCGACGCGCAGCGAGGGCCGAAAGCCCAAGAGCAGUUUGGACUAUUCGAAGUUCGAUCACAUCGAAGAUUCGGAUGAUGAGAAGAUCGUGCCCAAACAGUCGAUCACCCUGCCGAUGGGCCUUCCAAGGGAGGCGGUCUCCCGACAUGAGUACGACAAUGUUUGGCGCACCUUGCUUCAAGACAAGCAGCUGCCCUACACACCUGCACCGGAUUUGGAUCAGAUGUGGGGCUACUACAAGUACGGCGGCAUGGAUGAGCAGGCGCUCCUGGAUCAGGCUUGUGAGGUCUUGGGCAAGUUCCCCUGCCGAUUGGAUCCUAAGGAGUGGAAGGGCAAGACUUAUAGCCUCACCCGAAAGCUGGAGGCCGAAAGCCGCGAGGACGAAGCACGGAUGUGGUCCAUCCUUUGCAUCCUCCGCUUUCCCGAUGCGGACGCCUACUACAACCAGGGUGUGCUCUUGAACAAGAUGUGCGACAAGGUGAAGUUCGGGGGUGCCAGCACUGCGAAGUUGCCAGCUCUGGAGCCAUCACAGGCGAAGAUCAUCCCUGUAGAGCAGUACUGCUCCUUGUUCUCACGCGCGGCCAUCAGCUACUACCGGAGAUCGCUCAAGGUAGAUCCGAAGCAACGGCCGGCGUACAUCAACCUCAUCGGCAGUCUUGAGAGGAACGAGCCGGCCAAUUGGUAUGAGGACGUGCACGAACUGGCCAUUGCGGCGGUGAAGAAUGGCAUUUGGUACACCAAGUGGCAGCGGCCGCCCCAUUUUGUUCCUUCCCUCCCUGCGAAGCCCUUCCAUGAGAGCAAGGACUUCGAAUUGUCACGCGCUUUGGAGGCCAACUUCCCCACCAUCCGCGGGGAGUACGAGGCCUAUCGAGCGAAGCUGGCGAGUCGGAAAGACUGGGACGAGUCCGACACCACGCCAGGGCUAGGAGACGUGGGAAACCGCCCAGGGGCGCUCCAUGACGGCGGUCUACGAAAGUCGGGAAAGUGGCAGGAGGUGCCUCUCUUCACGAACUGCACCAUCCAGCGGGAGUACACGGACCUCUUCCCAGAGACCACCCGGAUCCUCCAGCAGUCCUGUGCCGAUGCCACCGGCUUGGCCUUUUGUGGAGGCGGCGACGUGAUCUUCAGCGUCUUGACCCCGGGUACUCGCCUGAGACCUCACUGCGGUCCCAGCAACGCCCGGCUGACCUGCCAUUUGGCCAUACGGGUCCCGAAGAGCUGCGAUCAGGGCUGCUACCUCCGCGUGGGCUCCGAAGCGCGACGAGGAUGGGAGGAAGGGAAAUGCCUUGUUUUCGAUGACUCCUUCGAGCACGAGGUGGUUUUCGCGGAAUGCGGUCCUUCAGAAGCCUACUGUGGUGAUCGGGUCGUCCUCUUGGCGAACUUUUGGCAUCCCAGCUUUGGCUUCAAAAACGACCCGGACUGGCGGCAGAAGUCUGAUGAGAUGAUGGCCAGCGUGGACGUGGAGACCUUGCCGCAAACGGCGAUGAUGAAGUCGGCACCGACCUGA